AUGCCUCGAAAACCACCCUCCACAACAAAAGCAGCAUCCAGCACGCCCGACGCAGCUCCCCUCCCUUCUUCUUCCUCGUCGCCGCAGACACACACCCAGCAUGGACAAUCCCAGACAAACACGAAUAUCCAAGCAACAGAGCAACAACUCAAAGCGAGAGCCGAAGGGGGAGUGAGCAUCGAAGACUACCUCCUCCCCCGAUCCCUCACCCUGCGACUCGCGAAAGCCGUCCUCCCCCCGAAUACAACCGUGCAGAAAGACGCCGUGCUUGCUAUACAGAAGGCUGCGACUGUUUUUGUGUCGUAUCUUUCAUCGCACGCAAACGAAGCAACCCUAAAACGAACCGUCACCCCCGCGGACGUCUUCGCCGCACUAACAGAGCUCGAAUUCGACUCCUUCCGACCCCGUCUCGAGAAAGAGUUGGAGAUGUUUACUGAGAUGAAGGCUGGGAAGCGGCGGGGUCAGGGUCACCAAUCACAAUCACAGCAGCAGCAGCAGCAAGCUGGGGAGAAUGCCGGUGAGAAGGGGGGUAAGGAUAAGAAUGGGGAAGAAGGGGAAGAUGAAGAUGAGGAGAUGGGUGGGGUGCGAGGGUCGAAGAGGGUUAAGGUUGGUACUAGUACUGCUACUGCUGGUGCUGCUGCUGCCGCUGGUGCUGCUGGUGCGCGAGAGAGCAGAAAAGAAAGCGGUGGCGACGACGACGGGGACGAAACGCAGGAUGACCCCGGUAUGAUGCGCGAUGAGAAUGAAACGGAGGUGGAAGAUGAUGUUGAAGAUGACGAAGAAGAAGAUGAUGAUGAUGAUGAUGAUGAUGAUGAGGAAGAGGAGGAGGAAGGGGAAGAAGGAGAAGGGGAUAUCGACCGAGUGGAGGAUCUGGAUCAAGAACCCGGUCACCGCGCGAUGGAUCCCGAUGCCGGGGAUGAAACGGAGAGUGAUAAUGAUGAUUCUGGGCCUGGGGGGCAGUUGAGGGGGGAUUUGGGGUUGGGGUAA